AAUGUACAAGUCGCUCAAGAUGAUUUGAAACUUAAGCAACUUAGAGACCCCAAUGUAUUAGUUGAUAGUGUAUUAGAUAAAGAAGAGAAUAUCAAGCUUUUGAAAGAUCACGAACAUGAUGUUCAUCAUCGAAUUCUUUCAGAUGAAUAUCAGAUUAAUAAUUCUGAUGAUGAGGAUAAAGAAGAUCCUAAACUAACUUUUUUAAUAUCAUAA